UUCGCUAAGUGUCAAGUUUGAAAAUAAAAACAACUCGAAAAGCUGAGAACCUGCACGUGUUGGUUUCUGACGAUUGUAACAUUUUGUUUUUAGUUGUUUAAAUACAUUUUUAAAUUAAAAUUAAGUUAAAAUGCAGCACGAUGAUGUUGUUUGGAGCAUCAUCAACAAAUCAUUCUGUUCACACAAAGUCAAAACUGAUACACGUACAUUCUGUCGCCAUGAAUACAAUCUUACAGGCUUGUGUACUCGACGAACCUGUCCCUUGGCCAAUUCACAAUAUGCCACUGUUCGUGAAGAGAAGGGCAUAAUCUAUCUUUAUAUGAAAACGGCGGAGAGAGCUCACAUGCCCAACAAAUUAUGGGAACGUGUAAAGCUAUCGCGAAAUUUUGAAAAGGCCAUAGAACAAAUCAAUGAAAAUCUGGUCUUUUGGCCAAAAUACAUGAUUGCCAAGAAUAAGCAGAGAUUUUUGAAAAUCACCCAAUAUUUGAUACGUAUGCGUAAAUUGAAAUUAAGAAGACAAAAACUUAUUGUACCACUAUCGAGGAAAAUUGAACGCCGUGAGACACGUCGUGAGCAGAAGGCUCUAAUAGCGGCCAAGAUUGAGAACCACAUAGAAAAGGAAUUGAUGGAACGUUUGAAACGUGGCACAUACCAGGAUAUCUAUAAUUUCUCACAGACGGCCUUCAACAAAGCGUUGGCAGCCGAGGAAGUUGAGGAUGAUGAAGAAGUUGAAGAAGAUAUGGAGGAGGAACAGGAGUUAGAACACGAGAUGGAUGAUGAAGCUAGAGAGUUGCGAAAAAAUUUGCUCGAUGAGGAGUUUGUUGAGGCUGAUUCGGAGGAAGAAAUCGAUGAUGACGAAGGUGAUGACGAUGAAUACAGUGAUGAUGAGGAUGCUAUUAGUGAAUCUGGUGAAAAGGAAGAAGUGGAAGUUGAUAGUGAUUUUGAGAAUUCUGACGAAGAUGUUGGUUCCGAUAUUGAGGAUACACCAGCGGCAGGCGCCUUUGUUCGAGCUCCCGCCAAAUCUCCAUCGAAAACCAUUGCCAGCAAAUCAUCAGCAUCCGCCGCACGUAAAACAAAUGGUGCAUCUACCGCAAAUAAAACAAAGCGACGGCUUAAAAAGCCUAAAGUCGAAAUUGAAUAUGAAAUGGAGACCGAGGCAAACCGGCAAAGGAUACAUAACUGAGGUAGUUGUUGCUAUUGCAGCCGACACACAGACUGCAAUUUCUAUUUUUUUAUUAUAAUUUAAAGCAAAACUCUUUCAUUUUUCUAAAAAUGUACCUACCUACCCUAACGAUAACUUUUUAUUUCUUUAUAAAGAAGAAAACAAGUAAAAAAAAUAAAUUCAAACUUAGUUAAUAUAUGAA